AUGGCCAACGAGGGCGAACGGCCAACCUCCGCCGACAAGGGCAAGGGCAAGGUUGAUGAUGUUCGCGAUUUGAACGGCAAGAACACCGAAAAUGGCGAGAAGCCAGCAGACGAAAAGAAGAAAGAUGAGAAGUCUCAAGAUGAGGAACUUAGUGAAGAAGAUCAGCAAUUGAAGAGCGAACUUGAGAUGCUCGUUGAGCGGUUAAAGGAACCCGAUACCUCGCUCUAUGGGCCUGCUUUGGACGCAAUCAAGAACUUUAUCAAGACUUCUACAUCCUCCAUGACAGCUGUUCCUAAGCCUCUCAAGUUCCUCCGACCGCAUUAUGAUGGGCUGGCAGAGCUAUACGAGAAAUGGGUCCCAGGCCCUGUGCAGAACUCGUUGGCUGAUAUGCUGUCGGUGCUUGGAAUGACCUACGGAGACGAAGAGAAGCUGGAGACCAUCAAAUACCGCCUGUUGGCCAAAUCGGAGGACCUAGGCUCCUGGGGUCACGAAUAUGUCCGACAUCUCGCACUGGAAAUCGGACAAGAAUAUCAGAACCGGUUGAACGCAGACCAGGAUACCCAGGAUCUAGUGGACCUUGCAUUGUCUUUGGUGCCCUAUUUCCUGAGUCAUAAUGCCGAAGCCGAUGCAGUUGAUCUCAUGAGCGAACUGGAAAUCAUCGAAGAUAUCCCUCAAUUCGUUGAUGAGAACACUUACGCACGAGUCUGCUUGUAUAUGGUCAGUAUGGUCAAUCUCCUCACUUACCCCGAAGAUCAGCAAUUCCUCCGAACCGCCCACGGUAUCUACGUCCGCUACAACAAACUUUCGCAAGCGAUCGUGCUCGCUAUCCGUUUGAACGACACUGAGCUCAUCAAGAGUGACAUCCACGCUACGACCGACAUGUCUUUGAAGAAACAGAUGGCCUUCCUUGUCGCCCGGCAGCAGAUCUGGCUCGACCUUCCAGCUGAUGAUGAGGAGGGAGAGGCCUUGGCUGAUUGUCUCAACAACACUUCCAUCCCGAAGCACUUCAAAUCUCUGGCUAAGGAACUGAACAUCUUGGACCCCAAGAUGCCAGAGGAUAUCUACAAGACACAUCUUGAGAGCAGUCGUGGAGCCGGCCUCACCAAUCUUGAUUCGGCACGACACAACUUGGCUAGCGCAUUUGUCAACUCGUUUGCCAACGCCGGAUUUGGUAACGAUAAGAUGAUGCUAGUGGAGGGUGACAAGGGCCCGUGGGUGUGGAAGACCAAGGACGAUGGUAUGCUUUCCACAACUGCCUCGCUGGGUAUGCUGCUGCACCGUGAUGUCGAGGAUGGUUUGGAUAAGAUCGACAAGUUCACCUACGCGCAAGAAGACCAGGUCAAAGCUGGUGCUCUUCUCGCUAUUGGUAUCCUGAACUCCGGCGUCCGACUUGACUCCGACCCCGCCCUUGCCCUCUUGAGUGACCCUGACAAUCUUGAGGCAAAGAACGUCCCGAUGAGAGUUGCAUCCAUCAUGGGUCUUGGUCUGGCAUACGCCGGUUCUAACAAGGAAGAACUGCUUGAGGUUCUCCUCCCUAUUGUGGAGGACGCCUCACUAGACAUGCAGCUAUCUGCCAUGGCAGCAGUUUCCCUCGGUCUCAUCUUUGUUGGUUCAUCAAACCACCAGGUUAGUGAAGCAAUCGCGACCACCUUGAUGGAUGAGGAGCGUCAGAAGCAGCUUAAGGACAAGUGGACAAGGUUCAUGGCCCUUGGUCUGGCACUUCUGUACUUCGGCCGCCAAGAGGAGGUUGAUGUCAUCCUUGACAUCCUUAAGGCAGUUGACCACCCCAUGGCUAAGCCCACUUCAGUCCUUGCCUCAGUAUGCGCUUGGGCAGGCACUGGUACAGUGCUCAAGCUACAAGAGCUUCUCCACAUCUGCAAUGAUAUCAUUGAAGAGAAGGAGGAGAACAAGGGUGAUGAGCUUGUUCAGUCGUACGCUGUUCUCGGUUUGUCUCUCAUUGCCAUGGGCGAGGAUGUCGGACAAGAUAUGAUUCUCCGCCAGUUCGGUCACCUCAUGCACUAUGGAUCUCCCAACAUUCGCCGGGCGGUUCCCCUGGCUAUGGGCUUGAUCAGCCCCAGCAACCCACAGAUGAAGGUUUACGAUACACUGUCCCGGUACAGUCACGAUAAUGACAACGAAGUUGCCAUUAAUGCCAUCUUCGCCAUGGGUCUCUGUGGCGCUGGUACCAACAAUGCCCGUCUUGCACAGCUUCUCCGGCAAUUGGCCAGCUACUACCACCGCGACCAGAACUCACUGUUCAUGGUUCGCAUCGCCCAGGGUCUUCUACACAUGGGCAAGGGUACCAUGACACUUAACCCCUUCCACACCGACCGACAGGUCCUUUCCCGUGUCUCAGCAGCGGGUUUGCUUACUGUGCUUGUAUCACUCAUCGAUGCCAAGCAAUUCAUCCUCGCUGAACACCAUUACCUGCUCUACUUCCUCAUUACCGCCAUGUUCCCCCGCUUCCUUAUUACCCUCGACGAGGACCUUCAGCCACUCACCGUCAAUGUCCGCGUCGGUCAGGCUGUGGACGUGGUUGGCCAGGCAGGUCGCCCGAAGACCAUCACUGGAUGGCAGACUCAGAGCACGCCAGUUCUCCUGGCACACGGCGAGAGAGCCGAGCUUGAGGAUGAGCAGUACAUUCCUCUGAGCAGCACUCUCGAAGGCUUGGUUAUCUUGCGCAAAAACCCGGACUACGAAAGCCCUGAAUAA